UAUUUAUCUAAAAAGGAAAAAGCCUUAACAGGCAUUUGCCGCACUAUUUGAAAAAAAGUGAAACCGUCUUAUUUUACUCGUUUAUUUUAAAUAUAUUUUAGUCCAUUUUUGUUCAAGUGCUACUCUGAUAUUCUUCAUCCUGCUGUAUACGGCUUCAAUGUCUGUAUUGUGCAUUAAUGGAUUUAAAACAAUUAGGAACUAAAAAGUCGUCGGCACAGUUUCCCCUCGGCUGUAUUUUGCAGUGACGCACUUCCAAAAUGGCUUCAAAGCAGGAACCGGUUUAUCAAAUUUUCUCAUUUCAGGACUGUAAAUUCUCUCCCGACCCGAUUUUUGAGCUCCCCGCCCAGUAUGCAACACCUACACCGGUGCCUAUAGUGAUAGAUAACGGCUCCUUCCAGACCCGGGCCGGCUGGGCGGCUCCGGGGGCGGACUUUGACUCUCCGCGGCUGCUCUUCAGGUCGGUGGCGGCGCGCAGCAGAGGGGCCGCCCGCAGCGAGACCCAGAUCGGCAACGAUAUCCCGAACCUGGAGCCGCUGCGGUGGCUGCUGAAGAGCCAGUUCGACCGUAACGUGGUGGUCAACUUCGAGAUCCAGGAGCUCAUCUUCGACCAUGUGUUCACUCACCUGGGCGUCAGCUCGGAGGGCAGUGUGGCACACCCCAUUGUGCUGACAGAGGCGCCCUGCAACCCGCUGCACUGUCGGCAGAUGAUGUCAGAGUUGCUGUUUGAGUGCUACUGCGUCCCGUUCGUCUCCUACGGUGUGGACGGCUUGUACAGUUUCUACCACAAUAACACUCAAACGAAGCUGCAGCCCCCACACACCGGUAUCGUUCUGUCCUCAGGGUACCACUGUUCACACAUCCUGCCGGUUAUCAACGGCAGGUUUGAUGCAGUGAACUGCAAGCGUGUGAACGUGGCUGGGAAUCAGUCAGCGUCCUACCUGCAGCGCCUCCUCCAGCUGAAAUACCCCGGUCACCUUGCAGCCAUCACACUUAGCCGCGUGGAGGAACUGCUUCAUGAGCACAGCUACAUUGCUGCGGAUUACCAUGAAGAGCUGGAGAAGUGGCGCAGCCCAGAGUUUUAUGAGCGGGAGGUUCACCGUAUGCAGCUCCCCUUCUCGGGUAAGGUGCCCGGCGGCUGUGUGAGCGUGGAGGAGAGGCAGGAGAGACGAGCUCAGCAGCUUCGACGGCUUCAGGAGAUCAACGCUCGCCGCCGGGAGGAGAAGCUGCUGCAGGACCAAGAGAGGCUGGACAGGCUUAUGGCAGUGCAGGAGCUGCUGGAAGAUGGCUUGUUGGAUCAGUUUCAUAAGAGCCUGGUGGAGCUCAACAUGGACUCAGCUGAGGAGCUGCAGUCGUACAUUAACAAGCUGCAGCUGGCUGUGGAGCAGGGCAGACAGAAACUGCUGCACAGCGACGGAACAGAAGGAAAGACAGAGGUGUCUGAGCUGGAGCAGCCGAUGGACGAGGGAGACGGAGUGGCGCUGAUGGAUCCUGACUUCCCUGAGGACACGCUGACAGAAAAACCCACUAAUGUGGUUCAGCCUGUUUUCAACAUGGCGGAGUACCACCAGCUGUUUGUCGGGACGGAGCGGCUGCGGUGUCCAGAGAUCCUGUUCCAGCCCUCGCCGACUGGAGAGGACCAGAUGGGACUGAUGGAGACGCUGCAGUACGUCCUGGCCAGAUACACACCAGAGCAGCAGGAGGCGCUGGUGAGCAAUGUGUUCCUGACAGGAGGGAACAUGCAGUACCCCGGAAUGAAAGAGAGAGUGGAGAGAGAACUGCUGGCUAUGAGGCCGUUUCAGUCACACUUCAAGGUGGCAAUGGCAUCACAGCCAGCCCUGGACGCCUGGUACGGGGCCAGAGACUGGGCCCUGGAGCAUCCACCUGAUGGAGAGGGAGGAGCGGCGGAGGGAUGGAUCAGCAGGCAGGAGUAUGAGGAAAAAGGAGGCGAGUACCUGAGUGAGCACUGUGCCUCUAACCUCUUCGUUCCCAUGAAAAUUGCCAAACAAGUUCCUGCCCGUCCCACUGAGCCCUCUGAUACCACACUGACUCUAACUGGAGCUUCUGCUGCCGUCACCACGGUUACGUCUGCCCUGACUCCCUCCUGUUCUACUGUUGCUGCCAAUGUUUCUAUUGUUACCUCCUAAACUGUGAUCACAAGUGUCUGAUGUUCAAAUAAUCCCAAACAACCCUCGAAGAAUAGGUUUGAACUUGAUGCAUUCAAUCAAAGGUAAAGAGGGCUUUGCUCUUUGAUUCUGAGCGACUGAAAACAAAACUUUACAUAGAUCAUCAAAGAUUCAGAAAGGUGGUCGUACACAAACAUGAUUGUAACUGCAAAUAAUAAUCUCAAUAUGGUCUCCUUUAGGCAUUUCUCUGUGUAAAUUUAAAGAAACACCACUAUCAAUAGAAGCUCAGAAAUAUAAGUUGUUUUUUUUACAGUGUUAAGAUGUGAAAGGAAGAUACAUUUCCUGCCUGUUCUCAACUUUCAUCGAUCUGUUUUUCUGGUCCUGUGAGCUCUGUAACUCCCUGAGUGGAACUGUUUUGGAAACACAGAUUUGUCUUAGUUUCAUAAUCUGUUGUGAAACCACAAGAGACCAUUCAUAUUGAAUGCUCUUCAAAUGAAUGAUCUUAAAAGGUCUAGUGGGAAUAUUUUGUAUGAUUAUGUAAAUAGAAUUUGUUGUUUGUAUGUUUUAAAAAAA